CUAAUUUUCUCAUUGUAAGAAGUUACAUUCUGAGGUUGGAGAGCUUUUUAUCUAAACUACAGCACUAUUUUAAGUGCAUUAAAUCAUUAACCAGAUGAACAACACCUACAUUCUGUUGCCAACAGUCACUGUAACAGAAGUAAACAGUUCUCCAUUGAAUUGAACAGGAUCAUGUCACUUUGUCACCGCGUGUUACUGAUGGUGUGAAGAGGCCAACUCUACAGUUCUGUCAUUGACUUUACAUGAGAACUAUUCACACAGAACUGACUCUGUCCAUCCAUUCAGAUUCUAAAUCACAAUCCAGAGAUCAGAGUCAAAUCAUGCAGCAGAGGGUCAAAGAGCAUGAGAUACAAACAGGCAAGAUAAUAAAAGUGCAUAAACUCCCCCCAUUACAAGACUUACCAGGAAGAGACUGUCUCAUUAUUUCUGUUCUGCUGCCUCCUUUCUGUAUCUCUGGGAGAAAAAAAAAGGAAUCAGUGAUUAGUGGAGAACAGAACAUUCAAAAAAACUUGUUUUUAAAAGAGGUUUAAACAAGUGGAUCUCUUGACAACAGUGAAAAUGGCUUCAUUAAAUGUAUCUGCAGAAGAGCUUUCUUGUCCCGUGUGCUGUGAAAUCUUCAAGGAUCCUGUUGUUUUAUCCUGUAGUCACAGUUUCUGUAAAGACUGUCUUCAACAGUUUUGGAAAACCAAGGAAACUCAGGAGUGUCCUCUCUGCAGGAGAAGAUCCUCGAGAGAUGAACAUCCAUGUAAUCUAGUGCUAAAAAACUUGUGUGAGUCAUUCACGGAGGAGAGAAAUGAGAGGAUUUCAUCAGGAUCUGAGGAGAUGUGUAGUUUACACGGAGAGAAACUCAAACUCUUCUGUCUGGAGGACAAACAGCCGUUGUGUUUAGUGUGUAGAGAUUCACAGAAAUACAUCAAUCACACGUUCAGGCCCAUUAAUGAAAUCGUUUCUUCUUACAAGGAGGAGCUCAAUACAGCACUGAAGACCUUACAAGAGAAACUGACACACAGAGAGAAGAUGAAAAAAGAGUGUGUGAAAACAGUUCAACACAUCAAGUCUCAAGCUGAGCAUACAGAGCGUCAGAUUAAACUGCAGUUUGAGAAGCUUCAUCAGUUUCUCAGAGACGAAGAAGACGCUACAAUCACUGCGCUGAGGGAGGAAGAGGAGCAGAAGAAGCAGAUGAUGAAGGAGAAGCUGGAGGAGAUCAACAGACACAUCUCAGCUCUUUCACAGACAAUCAAAGACACGGAGGAGAGGAUGAGAGCCAGUGAUGUCUGCUUUCUAAAGGAGUUUCCAGUCUCAAUGGAAAGAGUCCAGAUCUCAUCAGAGCCGGAUCCACAGACACCUUCUGGAGCCUUGAUUAAUGUGCCACGAUAUUUGGGAAACCUGUCCUUCAGAGUCUGGAAGAAGAUGCAGGACAUCGUCCAAUACAGACCUGUGAUUCUGGAUCCUAACACUGCAAAUCCAGAUCUUAUCGUGUCUGAUGAUCUGACCUGUGCAAGACACAGCUGGAAGAAACAACCUCUUCCUGAUAAUCCAGAGAGAUUUGACCAUUAUUCUUGUGUUCUGGGUUCAGAGGGGUUUAGCUCAGGAACACACUGCUGGGACGUGGAGAUUAAAAAAAGCAAAUGCUGGAAUCUUGGAGUAACUACAGCAUCAAACCAGAGGAAGGGACGUGAUUUCUUUAGCGCUGAUGUCUGGUGUGUGUGGUAUGGAUUAUUUGAACCAUCAGGUUUUCCUCUUGAACAGGAUCUUGAGCGUGUGAGAGUGGAUCUGGACUAUGAGAGAGGAACUGUGUCCUUCUCUGAUCCUGUGACUAACACACAUCUACACACAUUCACAACCACCUUCACUGACACGGUCUUUCCAUUCUUCCGUUGUUAUAGGUUUUCCCCUCUGAGGAUCUUACCAUUAUAGUCAUUAUAGUGCUGAAGUUAAUAUCAAGUCACUUAAUUUCAUACACAGUAUUCUCAGAUAUUUUUAGAGCUGCUACAGUCAUGGAAAACCUGGAAACAUCAAGUCAUUUUAAACUGUGAAAAACACAUGAAACCCAAAAAGUUAAAAAUAAUGCAUUUCUUUAAUAUUUAAUAUGUUCAUGUUCUUCCAGACAUGCAUGACUUGCUUUCUUCUGUGGAAAACUAGAUGAAAACGGUGUGCUGUAAUGCACGGAAGAAAAAUCCAAAACUAGGUUUUGGGGAAUUACCUUUAAAAUUCAAACUUUAACUAUUCGGUCAGUAUGACAUUAUUCUGACAUCUAGUUGACCACUAAAGUAAUAAUAUAGAGUUUACAUGAUUCUUGUAAAGUCUGAGAUUAUAAUUUUAUAAUAUAAUUUUAUAUUGUGAACUAAUCUAUUGCAAACAAGUCUUCUGUGCAAUAUAGACAGUAUGAAUCACUUUUGGAAUGGAUUACUUUUAAGAUGGAUGGAUGCUCUAUUUUUGGGGCUUCAAAAUUGUGAGCGCCAUUCACUACCAUUAUAAAGCUUGAAAGAGCCAGGAUAUUUUUUUUUAUAUAAGUCAGAUUAUGUUUGUAUGAAAGACACCUAUAGGGUGGUUUGAGGGUGAGUAAAUCAUGGAUAAAUGUUCAUUUUUUGUGGGGGAACUAUCCCUUUAAGGUUUGCCUUAUAACUAAUAAGCAAUCUUUUAAGACCAGUCAUUUUCUAUCUGUUUCCAUAUAUUUUAAUAGAAAUAAAUGCAUUUAGUAAUUUGUAUAAAUAUGGUGUACUGACAGAAAAUCUGUGAAAUGCUUAUAUAUAAUUAAAUGCUUACACUCCAAUAAAGUACAUUUUUCAAGUUGCCAGACACAAAUAAACAUAAUUCUGUAAAUUUUUAAAAUGAAGAAAACUUUUGCCUUUUUUACUAUAAUAUAAAAUGUAUAUAAGGACAUUUAUUGUUGUGUUAUGAAUCAUAAAAACACACACACUUUUGUGUUAUUUAUGGCCUGAUCUUGUGAUGCCUGCUUGCUUUACCCGGACAUCUUUAGACUUAGCGCAACUGCAUUUUGCCACCUUGAACUCCUCCCCAACAGAUGACAGAGGGAGCUGCAGUGGUCCUGAUCAAAUGUAGUGGUCCACUGAAGAGAAGCUUGGG